GUGAAAUUAAUAGUCGAUCUGUAAUCAUCGUUCCAGAAUGAAGCCGCUUCUCAAGUCGCCAACUAAGGCCACGUCAUUGGGCCUUUGGAUGCUUCUGUUUUGUGCCCAGCUUUUAUUCUGCAACGUGGCACUGGGGCAGGUCAAGAAGCAAGUCUUUCGAGCCGAUCUGAUCAAGGGCCUUGACACGUUUAUGCACACCGUGAUUCCAAAUGCCACACUUAUGGAAGGAGAUAAAUUGAUGGCGCUAGACGAGUUCUUUCGUGCCCUUAAGAAAUUAAACCCACUGAAUAAUAAUGGAGAUUUGCUAGUAAGAUACGCUUGGCCACCAGUAUUACCUCCUAAACCGUUGACGGGGAAGCAGUUCUCUGAAAAACUAAAGUCCCUAGAGUUGAAAUAUCAGGAGGUCUUUACGGCCAAGGACUACGUUGGUUGCGCAUCCAACAGCUCCAGCUCGCGGGGCUACCCCUGCGCCCUGUGGACAUUGUUCCACUAUUGGACCGUGCAGAACGGGCUGCCCUCUUACCCACUCUUUCCGGGCAACGUUCUUCGGACUAUUUGGAAUUUCGUCAAGUAUUUCUAUGAUUGUCCGGAUUGCGUGAGCAACUUUGAGAAAAUGGUCAAACGGCGACCCAUUGAACUGGUGAAGACCCAUGACGCGGAGAUACUUUGGCUCUGGGAAACGCACAACGAGUUCAAUAAGCUAACUGCCACGCAGUUUCCCAGCGCGAAUAUGUGUCCCACCUGCAGGAACAAAGACCAAAGCUGGAGGAAUGACGAAGUGCUGAAAUACCUGAAAAGCCUCUACGCUGAGGCUAAUUUCAGUUUCGAUGGCCUGUCCACUUCCAAGGGAUACAAAAUUAAGUCUUUGUAAGACAUGAAAUUUAAAUUAACAUGGGAUCAUUGGAAAACCCACUUUUUUUUGUUGACUAACAAACUUUUAAAAUAAUAAUGCCUUUGACCUUUAGUUUCUUAACAUCAGCGGAACUAGGUUUAUCUUUGAAUAAUGAAUAAUGAAUUGACUUUUUUUUCCUAACUGGUAAUCUAUGUCUACAAAAGUCCUGCUAGACACGACCAACAUUUCAUCACUUCACCACCUUUUAAUCCAAAUUCCAGGAAUACAAUUACAAGUCAUUUUAAAUAAAAUUAAUUUUAAAUGUCAUUGGAUUCGGUUAUCUAAUCAAAGCGAAAAAAAAAAGCGUAUCUAUAUUCUAUUAUCGUAGUUGCUUUUAAUCAAAAGGAACUGUGGCGGAGGCUUGUUCAACUUUACCAAAAAUAAAGCUAAUGGAAAAGAGUUUGCCAAGGCCAAACAAAAUAAAUAAAAAUAAAACAAAAUUGAUCGGAUUCGCUAAAAGGGGUGAAACAAUUUAAUUUUCUUAUGCCUAAUUGUAUUUGUCAUGGACUCAAACAUUUACGAGCGAUUGAGAUUGCUAAGCUUCUGAAGUUAGUUUAAAAGAUUCGUGGUCUGGAUAAAAUGCUGUUAGUGGUAUGCUUCGCAAUCCUGAGUUUUCUUCCAGAGCCCGGAAUUUCCCCGGCAGAGGGUGCUCGAAUGGUGAGAGUCAAGGCCAAAGGAAGGUUUUCUUGGUUCAACGUGACCUUGAGCGAGCUUGUGAGCAACAAUCCCAUCUCCACCGUUAUCUACUUCACUGAUACCAAGUUGGGGGACAAAUUGGAUGGCCUUGAAUCGGUAUACGACGUGCUCUGCCCCCUAACCCAGUUCCCCCGCCUCCUGGACGUUGUCCUGAUCAAUUGCAACAGGCCGGUGAACAGGAAUGACUGCUCAAGCUUUAACUUCAAAAUGCCAGGACUUCGGUUCUUCCCCACAGAGUUCAAGCGCAAUGGUCUUGAAAUUCCGAAAGAAUCUUCUUAUGAAAUGCGGAAUUCGGUUAUGAAUGCUCUGGUGCCGGUGAAACUGAAGAAACCCGGCUCUCCCAAUUUCGAUCCCAUCCUGGCCACGGAUUCUGUAGCAUCGCUCUUCAAGCAGGCAGCUUGCAAAUGCAUACACUACAUUGUUCUGGUGGAUCAAUCCGAGCCGGGAUCCACAGUGGGUCGCGACACUGUAUUUGCCCUUCUCAAUAGGGAAUCCAUAUUGGUGCGCAUUGUGAACAACGCAUCUUUCUUCGAGAACUUUAAUCUUAAGUUCUUGCGGAGGGAGAACAAACUGGCCAUUAUACCGCGUUCGCGCAAGGCCUUGCGAUUGUAUCCGAGAAGAGCCAGCGGAAGGGCAUAUGCACAGACCGUUAAUAAAUUUUUGGAUGAUUUUAAUUAAAU